GUAAAAGUAUUAUCGAAAUAGUUUUCGUUGCCGUUGCUUAUUGCACCACAAUUGCUAGCAAAAUGAGUGCUAAAAAAUAUCUGAAGAUGCCGGCACAACAACCCGCACAACCAGCAGCCAAGACGGAGAAAGAGGAGCAGCUGUGGAAUGCGCUAAAGCGGCAUAUUAUGCGUGAGCGUGAACGUAAAAAGCAAGAAAUGGAAGCGGAAGUCGAAGAGGAACGCCUCCGGCGGGAGCGCGAGGAACGAGAAAAGCAAGACGUAAUGACGCUCGGUGAGACGAAAGAACAAAUUCUGAUCCUGGAAAAGAAUUUAGACGAUUUGAGAAACGAGAAACAGCAACUUUUCUUGCAAUUGAAGAAGGUGCUUAAUGAGGACGACAACCGGAAGCGGCAGAUGAAAGAGGAGAUGUUUGCCAUACAAAAUAUUCCUCAACAAAUUUUCCUACCCCAGCGGCCCAUGCAUCAGCCGCACCAGCACUUGAUGCAUAAAGUGAGUCCACCCGAAGUUGUGAUCACGUCGGAUCGUAUAUUCAACGACGCUUACCCCAACUUGCAGGGCAACCCGCAGGUUCAUGCGGUCAAGCGGACACAUAGUCCAUCGUCACCGCACCACCAUCCGGGCUACUAUAAGCAGCCCAACCUGAAUAAUCAGCCGUACCUUCAGCCACAGAAAAUCGAGGAAGGCAGACGGGGCGGCGAAGUGCCUCGUGCCGUUUUGUGGAACAAAUCCCAAUAUUGUCCGCCGGUCGGCUUUUACCAAGCCACGAUUCCAUCGAACCCGCAAGAUAGUCAUGGACGUCCGCCGCAGCCGCAAAUACUGUAUCCGUACCAGAGCAAUCUGACGCUGCCGAUGCGCCAAUACGUGGAUCUGCCGGUCCAGCCCGGCUCCCUCAUGCAUACGAAGCCAGAGCAGCUGAUGAGCGGGAAAGUGGGUCCCCCGCCUCCGCAGGCAAACAUUUAUCACAUCAAUCUCGAUCAAACGGCAGCGGUAUUGCACGGUCAACCACCAGGGCCGCCGCCCCAGUUGAAAACGAUCACGAUUGAAAAACUUCCACAGGAACGACUUAUUCCCUAUCACCUUGAUCUAACGAAGCUCGAAGAACGUAAAGAUCUGCGACCGCAUAUUCCACCGCCGCCACAUCAAACCGGAAUCGUGGCCACGCAUCUGCCCGAAGGCAUCGUGUAUGCACCCCCCGGUCUUCGUCCUGGUGCCAUUCAAAUGCACGCAAUCGCUACGAACCAGCAAUUACCGAAGAGUGGAAGCAUUACACAAGGCUACCCACCGGCAAGGCCGCCCCACAUCAGCAAUCCACAGCAACCACCGCCUCAGAUGCAUUACAAUCGCCAACGGUAUUGAGUGAUUGUGGGAAACGGGAACCAGGGUUGACUCGUACCAUCCGUAAAAAGGGUGGGCGGUUAAAUGAUAAUCCACGUAUUAAAACUGUAAGGUGAUCGUAAAACCAUAAUCGUAUAUUUGCAUCAAUAAAAUAAUUGACAACCAUGAGUAGAUACAUAAAUCAAAUGUUUUAUUGGAGCUCCUGUGUGAA